UCCUAUACAAAAUCCCCACCGCCGACGACGCAAUUUCUCUCCACUUCUCCACUCCGUCCGCCUCUUCUUUUCCAAUUUUUGUCUGAAAUCCUUGACUCUCUAAUCAAAAUCAAUCCAAGUGUUAGUGUGCCCGAGUUCGAAUCUCGCCAGAUCAGACGGUGAAGAUGGCGUCCGACGCUGCUAUGGAGAAGAUGCAGCUCCGUCGAAGCUACCAAAACAUGUGGCACAUAGGCCUCUUGGGCUCCAUUAAAAAAGACACUCCUUAUUGCUGCUUUGCGGUUUUCUGGUGAGAAAUUUAUAUCUUCAUUUUUUAUUAUUAUUAAUUGCGGUUAUGGAUCUGUUAAUUAUCAGCUGAAUUUUGUGAUAGUCUAGGUUUUAUUUUGUUUGAUAGAAUUACAAUUUGUGGUUAUUAUAUAUGCUAAUUUAGGUUAAAUUUGUUUAACUUAUUCUUAACUUAAUUAUAUAUAAUUUGUUUAACCUAUUAAAGCAUGCCAUUCCCCAGGUAAUCUGUAAUUGCUAUUGCCAAAUGUUAACUUCUCUUCCUUUCCUUUUCUUCUUCUUUCAAUUGAGAAUCUCGCCAAAAUUUGAGUCUUGAUAAAUAAUAAAAAUUACAUGUUAGCCACGUGGCACAAUCCUCAUUUGGAAUACAAGAAUGCCGGCAGAAUCCUUUUACAGCACAACAACUGUUUCACACUUGUCUCCUACUGCCUAACGUCUCUUAAGAACAAGUCCAAACAUCCUACAUCUACAACUCCAAACACACCUUCCUUUCCGGCUGUACCCCUACUUACCAUGCUCAAUAUGAAAGUUAAAACUCACUUAAAACACCUUCUUACGAGGAUACAUCUGUAAUUCCACUCAACCAAUAUUAUCCCCUGUAAUUCGCCGGCCAAGUGUAUAUUUAUCUACUUUGCCGCCACUUUCAAAUGUUUGUUUUUCUUCUGAUCCCUUUUCAAACUAAACAAAACCUUUUAUAUAAAUCUCUCUUAUACAUCUCUCUCUCUGUUUCUGAAAGAGACAAUGAAAGACGUUAAUGAAACACUACUCACCGAUCAAUCCCUCAAGCCAAGAAGGCCAAAAUCAAGAGAAGUUAGCUCAAGAUUCCUCUCUCCAAGCUCAACACCGUCGCGUGAUAUGGGGAUCCCAUCUUCAAACCAAGUUCUCUCUCCACUCCUCUCAGUAAAACCAUCAACGCCACCUGAUGCUCGAAAGCAUCGAAGCCUUGAUCAAGACUCUGCCGGGGGUUUCAUUCGGGGCCUUUGGCCUUCUUCCACUACUACUUCUCAGUCAUCCAACAAAAAUAUUGGCACCCUUGCGGAGCAUCUGGGAAAUGAGAGAUUGAGAGACUAUCUUGACCGAAAAACUGAUGAGAAAUCAUCUUAUUCUAGCGUUUUCUCACUUAGUAGACAAAGAAGUUGCAGUGAGUUUAGUAGGCUUGAGAAUGAGAAAGAGAAAGAGAAGGGGAGUGCGAAAGAGAAUCAUAGACCAUUUCUUGGAGGGUCAAUGAGGUACACAGGAAAGUUAAAGUUUCCAGGAAAAUCUUCCUCGUCAUCUUCUUCAUCCAAUUCUUUGUCAAAUAAUUCAGGUAUUGUUCCUGGAAGAAUGUCUGUUGAUGAAAAUGCUCUGUAUAGAAAAUCACAUAGACGAUCAGAUCCUUUGAUGGACAAUCUUGAGUCAGAAUCAGAGUGUAGUGACAUAUGUUCAACUACGGAUAUUAGCUCUCCAGGGAUGGGUAAAGGUUCCUCUCACUCUCGAAAAUCUGGUAGAGAUGUUUCUUCGAAAUAUUUGCAGGAUGUACCUAAUAGACCCAGAAGAUUGAACUCAGAUUCGAAUAUACCUGUAUCAUUAGACAGUUCUCCAAGGUUGAAGAAAUUUACAAUAAAAAACGCAAUCAAGAGAGCUAAUUCUUUAACUGGGUAUGGAAGUGCAACAUCACAAUGGGCGUUGUCUCCAGGGCGAUCAGGUUCGCCUCCUAUGUCUGUAGAGAGUAAGCAGAGGCCAAUGUCAUUCUCUAGUUUGAAGCCGCCAAGCAGUCCUUCCAGGGCCAAAGGUGUGGAGAAAUUGCUGAAUAUGGGGUUAGACUUGUUUAAGAGCAAGAAAACUUCAUCGUCACCUCUGGGAUCUGGUGAUGUGGAGACUGGACAUCGGCUGAGAAUGCUUCAAAAUCAGUUGAUGCAGUGGCGAUAUGCGAAUGCUCGAGCUGAUGCAGUGAAAGAAAAGAUGACUAAUCAAGUGGAGAACAAUUUGUUGUGUGCAUGGGAUACCAUUACAAAGUUGGGACAUUCAGUGCUGCAUAAGAAGUUACAGCUUCAGAAGGAAAAGCUUGAAAUGAAGCUAGACUUUAUACUCAUGUCUCAAAUUAAGCCAUUGGAAUCCUGGGGUGAUAUGGAAAGACAACACCUAUCAGCAGUUUCCAUGAUGAAAGAGUGUUUGCAUUCUGUUGUUUGCAAAAUACCUCUUACCGAAGGAGCUAAGGUGGACCCCCAAUCUGCUUCCAUUGCAAUUCGACAUGCAUUAGAUCUUACAGCUUCCAUCAAGUCAAUACUAUCUAAUUUUUUGCCAUCAGUUGGGAAGAAUAUUUCAUUACUUUCAGAGUUGGCGGAUACAAUUGUAUAAGAGAAGUUGCUCAUGGAGGAAUGCCUUGAACUUUCUAGGAGCAUAGCUCUGCUAGAGAUGGAAGAAAGGGGUUUGAAAUGUUAUAUUAUUCAAUUGAAAUCAUGUCAACAACUACAGCAGCAGCAAGAAGAAGAAGAAGAAGAAGAAGAAGAAGAGAUCCCUUCAUAGCUUCUGGCAAUGGUUUAACAAUAUUAGGAGGAUGCACACGGAAUUAUAGUAGAUGAUAAAACAAAAUUGAGGUAUGAUAAUUAGAACUUGAAGAUGUAAUCUAGAUUUGAUCGUGAUCCAUAGGCCUGUAGGAUAAUGGUAGAAAUUGUCAAUUACCAACUAAUAAUUAACUGUUUUCAGAAAAGAAUUAAUUGGCUUUUAUAUAUGGGAUAAAGUUAUGUGAUUCACAAAUAAAAUCAUUGA